AUGCUAAACGGUGAGGCAAAAGGACUGGACAACCCGCCACGGGCCAGCGCAAGGAUAGCAGGGAGAAGGACCGGGACCAGGACGACGGGGAUGGGCACAGACACAAAGGGGAACAAAGUGACCGGUACAUUCAGCGUAACAGGGACAGGCACGGUGACGGGGACAGGCACAUAUUCAACAGUCCAGAAAAGGGGAAAGGAACCCCAGCCAGUCCCCCAGUCGUCGGCUGGGCACUGGUGGUGCUGCCUUUUUGCCUCCACAAGGCGUAGGCGUAGGCGCAUGCGCUCUGAGGCUCUUCGCCUUAGGGGGAGGAGCGCAGGUUUUGCGCAGCAAAACACCCCGGGUACCUCCGGCAGCAGCCCUGCCCACCGUGCUAGAGACCGCCAGGUCUUCAGACAGUUCGGCCUACCUAAAGAUAUCGAUUCGGACCGAGGCCCUCAGUUCACAUUGCAGGUGUGGAAGGAACUGCUAGCCGGCAGUGGAGAGAUGGUGCGGGGAGAGCGGACCUGGGAGGAGACGCACCGAAGACCGAGUAAGGCGAUCGCUGCCUACAAGAGGAAGGCGGACAGAAAACAGGGAAAGACCCCGCAAUACACUAUUGGACAGAAGGUGUGGUUCUCAACCAAGGACGGCCGCGCUGGUGCCACAGGCAAGCUCAAAGCGAGGUUCGGAGGGACAGCGCUGCGCAUUAGCGGACAGGACCACAAGCGUCUGUUGGUGCAGCGCUGCUCCGACCCAGGAGAUUACCUAGACUCGUCAUUGCUUUGUUACAAGACCAUGGAAAAUAAAGAACAUAUUCGUUCGACUUCGCCUUUCACGUCCUCUUGUGUAGUGGAAUUCAGUAAGAAUGCAGGUGUUGUUUAUUUGCUACUUGUACUUCAUAUUACUGAAGGCUGCAGUUUGGCAGAGAAUCAGAAGACAGACGACGUCACUGCAUACACAGGAGACUCAGUACUGCUGCCCUGCUCCUGUACUGACCCACACGCCAAACCUGAGAGUUUCACCUGGAGGAAACACAACACAAACAGAAACUCAUGGGACGUGAUCACCAGUGAGAGUGAACAGUACAGAAACAGAGUUCAGCUGGGUACUGCUCACUCUCCAGGAAAUCUCUCUCUACUCAUAUCACACCUGACUGAAGAGGAUAAGGGAGUCUACAGGUGUUAUCUUAACCAGUACUAUAAAGACAUCAGACUCACCAUUAAAGGAAUCUCAACAACAGAAUUUACAUCAAGAUUUGAUGUCAAAACAAGUGCAAAGGCUCCAGCUGACGCUUCCACUACUGACAGUGCAAAGACUCUGACUGACAAUGUCCAAAACCCUGCUGGUGAUCUAUUAUAUAUCCUCAUGACUACUGCUGUGGGAGCUGUCCUCCUCCUGCUGCUGGGUCUCGUGGGGGUCUUGUACUGGAGAUACAAAGUCCAGAGACAUGGACAAACGAGGCUAAGAAAGGGACAAACAGAAGAGAAGAGAGAGCAGGAGACACAGGAUUGUUCUGCUGUGCUUUGUUCACCUGUUCAAGAAGAUUCGAGUGUCCUAUACGCAGCUGUAAAUCGAAAAGCGAAAUGCAAAACAGCACAAGAACAGGAUGAUGUCACUUACUCCACUGUAGUACACAGUCAGACAACCAAACCAGCAUCCACUCCAAUGGAUAAUGCAGAUUAUACAGAAUAUGCCAGCAUCAAAUUAAAUUCAAAUUAAGCACACGCUCUCACUCACACACACACACACACACACACACACACACACAC